AUGAAAAAAUUCAAAGGUGAAUUCAAUCGAAGUUUUCAAUUGCUUAUUUUCGGCGCCAUACAACCAAUGAUGUAUUUACUCAAGCGUGAACAAAAUCUAUCUGAUUUCUUGGAGCCACUAAAAAGUUUAUUCUCGAAAGAAAGUAAUAAUCCAUGUAUAAGUCAGCGUUGGUUAAUCGAUGUGAUGAUGAUCAAUUCAAAUCGAUUUCUCUGUCGACGUUUAACAUUUCUUCUUAGCAAACGUAAUCCAGUACCGAUGAUUCAACCAUCUACCAACACAAUCAACAAAAAAUACCGUUUUGUAUCGAGUAUCAUUCAUGUCUGGGAUUUUAGUCGACCUAUUCUACUCUCAUUUGGUGUAGGCAAAUGCAAAGGUAAAACACCUCUUGUUAAUGCCCUGUUCGAAACGAAUUUUGAACAUUCAAUGAACAGUAAAUACUUUCACGAAACGAUCGAUGUUGAUUUUGGAUACCAUUUCGUUGUACGACGUUCUGUAAAUGUUGCCGAUGUUCAUGGCGAUCUUUCAAUAGAGACUCUCAAACGUAUUUAUCAGUUAUUCAAUGGUUUUCUCGUUCAUGUUCGAUCAACAUAUCUGACCUCGAAUACAUCGGAUGUAAUUCAAUUUUUACGUCUACUUUCACGUACAAGCUAUAUGAUAUUACUCAUACGUGAUCUUGACGAUGAGGACGACGAAGAAAUUCAAUCGGCUAUAACAAGUGUACGUUCAGUUUGUUCGAAUUGUCAGAUUUUCUAUUUGCCGAAUGUUGUCGACAAGUAUUCUGAUGUCAAUAGAGAAAAAAUUGAACAAUUACGCGAACAAAUUUUUCUUGAUGCUGUCAAAUUUUUUCAUUCAAACGAACAAAAUAUCCAAAAGCAUCUCGAACAACUUAUGGAUACUGAUCAAUGUAGAAAUGCUGAACAAGACAAAGUUUUUAUUGAUUCCAUUCGACCAAUUCUUAUUCAUGGUAAAGAAGAUGAUUAUCCACUCUAUUCAUUAUUUACUCGCAUGUGUCAUAUAAGACAUAAGCUAGCCAAGAUGGAUCCUUAUAAUGCCGAUUUUCAAGAUACAAAGCUAUAUGCUCUUCAUAGUGAACUGUCUCAAAUUAGUACAGAACUAGAAAAGCAGCAACGAGCUGGUUUUCAAGCAACUGGUCAAGCAUUUCAACGUUUUUUUCAACUCGUUCAAAACACAGAAGAUCAAUUGAAUAACUUGAAUUUAUUAUCUAUUGAAUUGAAACAUGAACGAGAUAAGAAGAUAUCUUGUGUAGAUCUUACAACAUCGUUCUAUCAAAAAUUAUCACUUGAAAUCCAUUGGCGAAAUGCUAUGAUCAGUUCUAAAAGUAUAUCAAAUUCUGAACGAAGAAUACUUAUCGAUGCGUAUCACAAUUAUAUUGAUGAAGGAAAUUCUUUCGAAAUCAUUGAUGGUGAUAAUUUCGAAAUGCAGGACGAAUUUUUGAUAGAAGUAAUGCAUUUAUUUCAUAAGAAAAAAUUUUUCAUUAUGAGUAUAAUCGGGCCACAACAGAGUGGUAAAAGUACAUUACUUAACUUCUUAUUUGGAACUUUAUUUGAAGUACGUGAAGGACGAUGUACUCGAGGUGUCUAUGGAACAUUAGUCAAAAUUAGAUCGGAAGCAGUUACGCAUGAUCUUAUACCACCUGAUUACGAUUAUAUUUUAUUAAUUGAUACAGAAGAUUUAUUUUCUAUUGAGAAGAGUGACGAACAGUAUGAUAAACGUUUGAUUCUCUUUUGUUUGGCUAUAUCACAUCUCGUUAUUGUCAAUAUUAGUGGUGAAAUUCAUUACACACUGAUACAAAUGCUAAUACUAUGUAUACAAUCGCUCAAUUAUCUUGGAGAAACUCGUGUUACGCGACCAACAGUUCAUUUUGUUCUUAAUGAAAAAGCCGAUCUGAACAAAGCCAUUUGUGAGAAACUAUUCAGAAUCCUUCGAGACAUUUUGAUAGCAAAUGGUCUCAACAAUUUAAUUGAUCUUGGACCGAAUAAUUUUCAUGUUUUAUCGACAGCAUUCAAUCGAAAGCCAUUUUUAGAUCCGCAUGGGGAAUGUGCCGCAAUAUCAACUGAUAUUAAUUUUGUAACAGAUGUUCAAAAGCUAUGCAAACUUUUUGUUGACUCAUCUUUUCAAAUAAUUCGUGACACUGGUGAUCGUUUUUCUAUACCAACAAAAUGGAUUGAAUUUGCUAAUAGUGUACUUCAAAUCAUAAAAAAAUAUCCAGAUUUAACUUAUUUCAAAGAUAUUUUUGAACGCGAACAAAAUAAUAAAAUACGGCAAGAUAUUCGAAACGAUUUUGAACAAAUUUUAUCACCAACACAAGCUCAACUAUUGAUUGAUAGAGAAAAACACAAUAGUAUUAGUCAUAUUCAAGAUUCAUUUCAAAUCGAACAAGAGAAGAUUUUAAAUGAACUUGAAUCAAAACUUGAACAAAAGAUAGUAAAAUAUGCAGUAAGUGAAAAUGUUCGUCAACGAUCAUUUCGUUUUAUGCGGGUACAAGUAGCAAGUCGAUUUCGUUCAUGGGAAGUGUCAGCUAUUAUGGCAGGCGAACAAGACAAACUGAAUAAAAUGGUAGAUGAUAGUGAUGCUGAACUUCGACAACUUGCAUAUGAUACAACAGGCAAAACUUAUUUUACGGAUAAAGCUUCGGCAAUGGAAAAAUUUGAGAUGAUGUGGAAAAAUCAAUUUAGUUGCGUCCAAGUAAAAUUCGAUUCCGAAACUCAAUGGAAACAAUCGAUUGAUUUAGUUUGUCAACUCUAUGAUGUACUUGAUCAAUAUGCUUUGCCAUCAUUAGAUAAUGUUCUUGCCUAUUUACCCUUUCUCAUGACACUCGAUAACCUCGAUCAAUUAUCAAAAAUCUCAACCGAAUGUAUAUCGAAAGCUUCUAAUAUUAAUCCUCUCGUCCCACAUUCAACAAAUACAGUUUAUACAAUAUGCUUUUCUGAUCUACAGAAACCGUAUACAUUUCUCAACAAUGAUGCACUGCUAGCAAUAUAUUGCGGCGACAAAAAUAGUAGAACACGAACAAGAAGUACAUGUAGAUUAGGUGUACGCGAAGAUUUUUCUCAAGAAAUGAAUAGCAAUUGGCGAACGACUGUUCGAGUAUCGCACUGUUUCGAGCUUUUAAUUGGACGUAUAAAGGAAAUCUAUCAAUUAAAAAUCAGUGAUGAUGAAUUUUCAACUGAAAUUAUUCUUCUGCAAGAUAUAUUGGGAACAGUUGAUAAAUUAAUACAAGAUGUGAAUCAAGAACUAAGUAUGUUCAAUUUUUCUAUGUCAAAAAGUUUGAAAAGCAUUCUACAUAUUUGUGCUGUACUAUCAACUGCUCUAUUCUACUAUCAUCGACAUAAAACCCAUUUUAAUAGCGUGCUCAUGAAAAUAAAUCAAAAUAAGGUCAAAUGGCAACAUCGCUUUCUUCGCAUGGUUGUAGUUCAAGAGAAUGAUGAUGGAAAUGUUGCUACUAAUCUUAUCAAUGAGUUUUCUGAUCAAUUACGUCAGUCAUUUGAACUGAAAGUCAAAGAAAUUAUUGGAACAUGUAUUGAAAAUGAACUGAGAACACUGAAUCAGUAUUCUAUUAUGAAAGAGCUCGAUGGUGAAGUCUACGAAGCUCCAAACGAUUGGCUUAUGCGCUAUGUUCUCUAUCCAUUUCAAAUAAUCAUCGAACGAUUUGAUCAACGAUGGGAAAAAAUCGAAACGAUAAUCCUUCAACUAGUCAACAUCAGUAUGAAUUCACAUUUAGAAAUACUAGCUGAAUUCUUUCGCAUCAUAGAAGCAAUCAAAAUUGCUUUGCAAUUAAUAGGUGGAGAUUCAUUUACUUUUGUUGAUGAUCUAUUCGAAUCGUCGAGUAACGAUAUCAAUCAGAAUCUAUUCGAUAAGAAAUUAUGUAUGGCUACACUUCUUUACCAAUAUCUCUCAGGCGAACCUAUUUCAACGAAGAUAACUAUUAAAAAUGGUUUCACCUAUACCGUUCAAUCUAAGUGGCAAGAAACUAUUAAUAACAUGCCGAAAUCAAGCGAUCAGCUGAAAAAUAUUUUUCGUUCAAUGAAGACUACUUUUGAAACGUAUACGAUCACUUACAUUGACUUAUUUCUCGAUAAGGUCAUCAAUCAAAAAACAACAAGUGAACAAGCCUUGCAAAUUGUGAUGAAUACUUUUGUUAAAAAUAGUUGCCGUAGGACACGAGAACGACUACUCAUUCAAGUACGUGGUUGUAAAGAACAGUGUCCUGGCUGUAAGCGUUUAUGUGAUAUUGAUCAUCAGUUGGACAAUGCUACAUCUGUGGGACAAGGAGAAAAUAGACAUCGAUGCCAAUCAGGUCAUCAAAUUCAAGCUCUUGGAGGUGUUCGCUACGCAAAAGGAAAUGAACUGAUUAUAGUAUCUUGUGAGCAAAUGAAAGAUGAGGAAUUUACAAUAACUGAUCAAAAUUCUUCGCCGAUGUGUUGGAAAGACUUUAAAAAUAUUCAUUUAGAUUGGGAUUUUGAUGAAUUAAACUUGAAACGACGUCAAAUUGACGUCUCUAUUUAUAUAUGGGAUAGAAUCGCUAACCAACUAUGCCAAUAUUAUGAAAACGAUAUGGGAUUCGUUAUGCCGAACUAUGAAUUAGUUCAGGAUCAUUUUAUUCUUCUAUUCGGUUAUUCGGAUCGUUCGAAUAUAGCCAAUGAUGGGCUUUAUGGACGGAUGCUUCGAAGAGUUGAAGGAUUAUUGCUUACUACAAAAACUGAUGUUGAUCAAGAUCGACCGACCCUACGAAAUUAUUUACCAAAGGUCAUUGACGAAUUUAUUCGUAUUCGCAUUGAGAAAAAACGAUUUGUUACUGAUCGAAUGACAUUGAUUGUUGGCGGCCCAAAGCCAAUAUGUUUGAAUCGAGUAGCACGAUUGGAUGAAAUAAAUUCUAGUCAAAUAAACGAUUCGAUUUCAAAUUGUAAAAAGCCGAUCGAUUUUUUGGCUGCAUUUAUGAUCAUCAACGAUGUGCUAGCAUCCAUCCAGGCUGAUUCAAAGUUGUACGGGUUAAAACAUACAAUCAUCCUCAUGAUGGAUGGAAAACCUGAUAAAUUUCCAUUCAAUGGGUUAAGAGAAUUAUUGAACAACUAUUAUUCGACAAUCAAUCAUUUUUGGACAAUCAUGCUAGGUAAAGACGAUAUAGAAACUUCAAAGCAAAUCAAUGAGAUUAUGAACGGAACAUUGUUGAAUAUCAACGAACCGAAAGAUUUAUUUGACGUUUACUUGAAAAUCGCUAAUCAAGAUGCCGAUAAAUCUGCUGCAUGCAAUAAAACAUCAUUGAUGCAAUCUACAUCGACCCUUGAUAUAUGGACAGAAAAAAAAACCGCACUUAAUGAUCCAAAAACUUCCAUCGAGCCAUUGUCUCAACAUAAGAAACCGUACGAAGAGAAAUCAAAUACACAGACCGUGCCUAUUCCGGGCAUUCCUGAAAGUCUUAUUUAUCAUCAAAUUUAUGGUAUUUCAUUUCCAUCGAAACGGGAAGAUAUUUUACCAAAUGUUUUAUUGGCAAUUGCCGAACAGGUUGCUCCGAAUACAACGGAAGAUAUACUUAUUCCUUUACCUAUCUUUUCACAACGAUCGAUCGAUUAUCUGCCAACAAUCAAUAUCAAAUUAACAGUCGAACCAUUGGGAUUUGAUUGUAAUCAAUUUCUAGCUUGCCUUGCACAGGACAUUGGUAUAGAUCGAAAUGAUUUAGUUUUAAUUGAAGCUCGGCAAGGUACUGUCAGUCUGAAUACGAGAUUGUCCGUAAGGAUAGCUAUUGAUAAAGUAAAACGGGAAAAUAUUCAAGAGAGAUUAUUGUCUAUGAAUUUACCAGUUAGUAAAAAUUUUGUUACUAUGACUAUUCAAGCGAACAAAAAUCAGUCAAACGAAAGUAGUUUAGAAAGAGAUCCUAUUCGUGUGGCAUUGGAAAACUUCGACAACACUGAGAUCGAUCGAGUUCGACUCACGCCAGAAACUAUCGAUGCCCGUCUUCGCAUGAGUCAAUUCAUGACUAUUCUCGAUCAAGCUCAAUUCGAAUUUCUUAAAAAGAAGAGCCAGCAAAUUGCUCAAUGUCUAAUGCAUGCGUUUCGGGAAUGUUCAUUCGAUUAUAAACUUGAAUAUGCAUUACUUGUUGCCAAUCAAAUCCUUGUGAAUCAAUACAAAGAAAGAUAUAACCGUAAGCAAGAUAAUGAAAAGAUUCUAUUUCAUGGUACAAGUAUCGAAAAUCUUCAUGCAAUAUUUCGAAAGAACUUUCAGUAUCAUUGUAAAGCGAAACGCACUGACAACGGUUGGUAUGGACAAGGUAUAUACUUUACUAGUUCACCAAGAAAAGCUUUGAAUUAUGCAAAAUCUUGGAAAUUCGAUACAUUUGCCUACAUUAUCUGUAGUCUGGUUGCUGUUGGUAAAUCAUUGACGAUUACCAACAUGGAUUAUAGAGGCAAACCAAUGCAUCCCAACUAUGAUAGCCAUUAUGUACGCACAAGUCCCAAUGAUGGCGAACCCAUAUCCAACGAAGGAGAACCGUUCUAUGAAGAAUUUGUUAUUAAAGAUAAUCGUAGAAUAUUACCAUUGUUUAUAGUUGGCAUACGACGUGCCUAUCAUUGUACAAUUUGGCGCGAUGCAAAUAUUGACAAUGAAGUAAAUUCAAGUAUCUUGGAAGAUAUGCGACGCCGUUUAUCUUUCAAUAUUUAUGAAUCGAAAACAAGCGAGGAUACUUUAAAUAUUUUAAAAUCGAAAUUUUCCGAUGACGAAAUGAAUUGUGCUUUGCUCACCAACGGCCGACGUGGCGGACGAGAGCUA